CCGGGACGGAGACGAGGACGGUAACGAGGACGGGAUCGCGACUGCUCGGCGACUACGAGCUACGGCAAGCACGUUCGCACGAGAGUCGAAGAAAAGAUGGCCUCGAGGGGCAGGAUGCUGAAGAGAUCCCGACACGUGUCGUCUUUCCUGGAGGAGUCGACGGAGAGUGCGACGCCGUUGAAUACGACGGUGAAUGUCGUCGUGGACGUUCACAACGAGGCCUCGCAGCUGAUCGACAUCGAGAGCGUCCCCGAGUCCUCCGACGAGAAAGAGGCUAAGCAAUCUGAACGAUCCGACGGCUCCAAGGGUUCGUCCUCGAGGCGGGCGAGCGUCGAGGUGCCUCGCGGUGAUCGCCGCGUCGCCGUGACGAGGACUCGCCUCGACGAGACGCGCGAUCGUGUGACUCUGGAGUCGUUCGACCUGAUCGAGGAGAUCGGGCCGCCGCAGGGGAGCGUCAGGACGCCGGAGGAAGCCAUGCCCGAGGUGAAGCCACGCCGGCGGAAACAGUGGAGCACCGUCAACGCAGCGAGCGAGCCGGAGGAUAACUCGAGGAGGCAGCCGCGGAAACGCUGGGCCAAAGACACCAGCGUGAUCCGGCUACCUGAGACGCGCAGCAAGUCCCCGUUGAUCGACGAGGACGAGGACGAGGACACGCACAAACCGGUUCCGGCACCGCGGACCAACGUGCGACGCGACGUCUUCUUCUUCGAUAACUCGGCGUUCGUGGAGAACGAGGAGGUUCUCCGGAUCGAGACGGACCACCGGCGCGACAGCACGAAAAUCGAGAUGAGGAGGAUGAGCGAGCGCUCGUCGAACGCCGAGGAGGUCGAAGAGACGCGGACGAGCGGGACGUCCAGCGGCUCCCUGAAGAAGGUCGCUCAAGAGGUGAGCGUGAGAAGCAAACGAGACCGUCUCGUGGACAGCGAAGCUCGUUCCAGCAGGUCCUCGGGUAGUAGAAAGAACAGUUCCGGGGAACUGAACUCGUCGUCGAGUCUGGAGAAGGUCACGGACCUUCAGUCGAGCUCGAUCACUUACGAGGAGACGUCGACGAGCGACAAGGACCGGUCGUUGAGGAAGAGGGAACGAUCUCUGUUCAGGAAGAAGGACGUUCUUCCAAACGACGAUAAGGCAAGUCCGUCCGCGAAAGACACGCGUUCCAUCGCCGAUGCCGAGGCGGACACGAGGCUCCGGAAGAAGAAGAGGAAGAAGCGGACGCAGGGGAAGGAGGACAAGGAGCAGGGCGACAAGCGGCAAGAGGCGGAGACCAGGUACAUUUCCGUGACGGUUCACAGAACGGACCUGCUCGAGGCGGAUUACGCGAACGCCAAGCGGCCGAUGGUGAAAGUGCACAUCGUAGACGCACGCACGGGCAAUUAUCUGAGGAACUCGGGCGAUCGCGAGAACACGAGCGUGUUCCUGCAGCCGAUGAUCACCGGCAAGUUCGACUUCAGAGAGAACCGCUCGAUAAUACCGGUCUGGGAGGAGGAGCUCAUCUUUGAGCACGACUUCGACGCGAUCACGAGACGCGACGGGGACGGCCAGGUGGUGAUCCUCUUCGAGGUGAUAGACCCGCUGAGCUUCGCCGAGGCGAGCUUCAGUAGCGAAGGAUGUUGGAGCAAAAUAGCCUGGGCGUUUCUCAAGCCGUUAGGGUCUAAUGACACCCUUCACACGGACAAGAAAGUACGAUUGCAGCUUUACAAGCCCAGGCGGAGUUUUAAGAAAUACGACAGGCACACAUGCGAGGUGUAUACGUGGUGGCAAUCGAACAACAGGGAUAAAUAUCCAAGUAGUCUCUUCGUAACGGUCACCUCCGUGUCACCGCCGAAGGUCAAACCUCUGCUGUACCGGCAAUUAGCGACGAAGGAUAUCUCCGACGUGCGAAGCGACUCGCAGGAACAUUCGUACGCGCGCACCUCGACCGCCGUCAGUUUGCCGAAAUGGGCGCGCUUGGCCGCCCAGUCUUGCAAGAUCCCGAACGACAGGAUGUUCGAGACGGAGACAAGCGAAAAUGGGUGCUUCUACGUGGCGUUCAGCAGCGACGGCAAGUAUUUGGCUUGCGUCCAUUCCGAGGAGUACAGUUACCCCGUUGUCGUUUACGAGGUCGAAACCGGCAAGACCCACGUGCGAUUUCCCGGCCACAAGACCUUCGUCUAUUCUCUAAACUGGUCUAGCGACGAUCGCUGUCUGUUGUCGGCGUCCGCGGAUCAAACGGCGCGCGUCUGGGAUGUUCGCAACCGGAUUGUGCAACACGUCGAGAUGCUGCCGCAUCCUGCGUACGUGUAUUGCGCCAAGUAUGGCCCCGGCAACACGACGAUCGUGGCGACGGGAUGUUACGACCGCGUGACGCGCGUCUGGGCGAGCGACAAGCGAUCGCGGGAGCGAGUGCUGUGCCAAGAGCUGGAGGGUCACGAGGGCUUCGUCAACUCCCUGGUGUUUCAAAAGAGCGGUGACUUGAUCACGGCUGACAGCGUGGGAGCGAUAAUCGUCUGGUCGGCACGAAGGAACGGCAAGAUGCCGACGAAGCGGGAGUGGUGCAUCGCGAGGAAGAUAAAGGUCCGGGAGAUCGAGGGGGUGGUCAUCAACACGAUCGUCUUACACCCUCUUGAGUCCAGACUCUUGGUGCACUCGAGGAACAGCGGUCUGCGAAUGCUGGACCUCGCGACUGGUGUGGUCCUGCAGAGAUACGACGGGCUGAACAAUCAGAGAGUUCAGAUGAAAGCGUGCGUCUCGCCGUGCGGCGGUCUGGUGUUGUGCGGCGGCGAGGAUUCUGCGUUGAACGUCUGGCACCUGGAGACCGGUGAACACCUAGCGAAAUACACGAGCGGGCGUGACUACCGGGCGGUCACGUGUGUGGAUUAUCAUCCGUACGACCACGUCCUCGCAUACUCCGGCUUCGGAGGUCCAACGGCGGCACGAGUGUUAAGGUUUAACAAUAACGUGAGUAACAGCGACGUUGGUCUGACGAUCACAGCGGAAACGCGAGAUCCGAGAGAUCAGUUGAACGAUGGGUACCACAGACCGGAAUCGGCGAGCUCUUUAAGGAACGCACGGCCGCCAAGGCCGUAUACGACGCGAUCCUUACCUGACGAGCCUCCCGACGUCACACCAGCGAUCGCCCGAGUUCGUGAACGACGCAGGGGACAACCUCCCAAUGAUCUGCGUUACAUAGACGAGGUACAGCGUAGGGUGGAACGCUGGCCCGUCGAUGAUCCGCAGUUCUUGCGCGAAACGGCCGCGCAGCAGCUCAGAGAAGACACAGAGGCGCGAAGGAAGGACAUCGCGGAUAGGAUAUACAGAAGAAUGCGACGAGCGUACAUGAUGAGACGUUCGGAGCAGCGAAGACCUCCUGGUGAAUUGCCUGUUACAAGUCGCGACUCAAAUCACAACUUGGUCGGCGGAGAACCGGAAGAAGAAGCGGUAUCUGCUGAUGAAGCGCUACCUGAUUACGUGGUACCAGCCAGAAAUCAUACCAACCUCUCCGACGCCUUCUCCGAUCUCAGACUCGAGGAUCGUGGCACGCUUCCGACGCGUUUAAACCGCGAUCCUCCGUUGCAUCUCCGGGAUGCAAUUGACACGAGCGGAUCGGAGACAUCAGGCAAAAGCAUGCUGAACAGACUCGACACACGUACCACGAGCAGUACGGGGUACGAAGAGAACGUCGAGAUGAAACAGCCGCCGCGUCGAUUUGCCGACAAUGUCGUAAUCGAUGUCGAAGAGCUCCCAAAUCCCGUCGAACGGACUUCCAAGAGCGACAGCUCGCCACGUAGCGACGGAACCUUCGUUAUAAUUAGGAAAUAGAUAAUGUUAACGAUGUACGAAUUGUAAAUAUAUAUAUAUAUAUAUGUAAGAUGUAAACUUGAUUUGUUCUUCUGACUCAUGUGUAUCAGCGAUUCAAUUUCCUUAAUUUCUCUGCUACCCGCAAUAAUUAAUUUUAUUUGGCGGAUUCACCUUGUAAACAACAACGGAUUCGGAUAGCACAUGUUAAUUUCAUAUACGGCGGUCGAGGUGCGCGUGAAUGAGCAUUUCUGCGAGUUGUUUUGCGGCGAUAUCUUUCAUCGCUAAUUGCCGUGGCCUUUGCAAAUUUAUAUAACAAUAUCGCCCGUUAAUUAGUAUUUCGA